AGUACACCACUAGACAUAGCGGGGGAUUGUUGCUUGUCUUACAAUUUUCAUUUUUAACAAAAAUAAACACAGUUGUUUUUUUUAUUUUUGAACAACGUAUUUUAAUUUUGUAAACAAGUGUUUUUGAAUUAAACUAUGAAAUCGUUGUAAAGUGUUUGAACAAAGCUUAAUAUGUUAAAAUUUUUGAAAAAUAUGUGAUUUGUAGUUUUUCAUCGUAGGUACCUAUUGAUUUACAAUGACCCAUAGUGGGGUUGGUAUUGCCAGAGCUUUCGUGGGCUGUGCUUCGGCUCCUCGGAAGCGCAUCACCGUGUUAUUUCUAUUAUUUAGCUUCGGAGUAUUCACUAUAGCGAUCUUCGGUAGUAGUGGUUCUAAUUUGCUCCGUGAGAACCAGAUGGAGGAACAUAUAGCACAGAUACAAUCUCAUUUGCAGUUCCUCGAUUCUUUAUACAGAGCAAGACAAGAAGACUUGAUUGCUUUGCAAAGUAAGAUCCUUGCUGGUCGCAGUAACAACACUCCGCACCAACAAAUGACGUCUCCAUUCUUCGAAGCUUAUGCGACGUUGAUAACGCCAGAGCUUAUGGUCAUGUUGAAAAACCUGACGGGAACAAAGGCAGCCAUGGGUAUGCAACCGAAAAAUCUCCAGCUUUUACGUACCCCCUUCGUGUUUCAACUGCUUCCACAUCUGAUGAAUGAUCCAUUUAGCCUUCGUCCCUCAUACCACAUGAAAUCCGGUCGAGUAUUUGUCGAUGUUGUUAUAGGCAUACCGACCGUCAAACGUGAUAAGGAAAGCUAUCUUAUGAUCACUCUCACACACUUGAUCAACGGCUUAAAAAAAGAUGAACUCAAUUCCACUCUCAUCGUCGUUUUUAUCGGAGAAACGGAUUUGGAAUAUGUUCUAAGCACAGCCAGACAAAUUGAAAUCAUGUUUCCACAACAUGUGGACAGUGGAUUAAUUGAAGUUUUGGCUCCUUCGGCCUCUUAUUAUCCCGACUUUAAUAUUCUCCAGAAAACCCUGGGUGACUCUUUAAAGCGUGUGAAAUGGCGCACGAAACAAAACUUGGAUGCUAUUUAUUUGAUGUCGUACGCUCAGACUAAGGGUACAUUUUAUCUCAUGCUCGAAGAUGAUGUCAUUGCUAGAAAGCAUUAUAUGCAGGAUAUCAAACAGUUCACCGCAGCAACGAGCGUCUCGACACCGAAUUGGUUUUUCCUGGAGUUCUGUCAAGUUGGCGGCAUCGGCAAGCUGUUCCGAUCAUCCGAUCUGAUCCACUUCAUCACCUACGUGCAACUGUUCUACAAGAACAUGCCCAUCGACUGGCUUUUAGAGAGCUACUUGGCCGAUAGAGUAUGCACCAUCGACAAGACUUCGAAAGUUUGUGGAAAGAACAAGAUCCAAAUUCGCCCAAAAUACAAAACAUCCUUGUUCCAACAUAUUGGGCUCUACUCUUCGCUAAAGGGGAAGAUACAGAAAGUAAAGGAUAACCCAUAUGGCGCAGUGCCAACAUAUUACCCACAUACUAAUCCACCGGUUCAAUCUUUGAGGACUAGUAUUCAAGAGCAAUCUGACCAUACGUUAAGGAGGGCUUACGAUGGGCAAACUUACUUCUGGGGCGUUAAACCGAAGAAAGGCGAUAUGGUAGAAUUUUGGUUCGAGAAGCCAACUCUAAUUGAAAGUUACACUUUCCGGAGUGGCAACGUUGACCACGUAUCCGACAAAUUCUAUAACACUGUGGUAGAAGUGAUGCCAUCUAAGACUAAUAACUUCACUGUUGUCGGAGCAUUUGACGAGUUUGGCCUUGCUGAUGGUGAAAUUAAGAAGGAAAUUGGACCUAUUGUUGCAAUGCGCCUGAGAAUCAACAGCGACAGUUUUUACUGGGUCAUCCUCAGCGAGAUCGAACUUAAAACACGGGAGGAUUCAAGAUGACAGAAUGUGAAGAUACCUUGGGAGCGAUACAAAAAGCUAAUACGAGUAAAACCACCACAAAUGAAACGACAUCGCCUCUUGGUGCGGCUAUCGGGCGACGAGUCCUAAAUUAUUGUCAUAUUAGCUACACUUUUCGACGAACUUGGAACGUGUCGAAGCUUAAAAUAACGACACAUAAUUAUUUCUAGACAUUUAUUACGUAACCUUAAUAAUCUUAAUCAAAUAAAAAACUCACUGUCAUUUGAAACUAAAUUAAUAGAGUUACCUACUACUUUGGCAAAGCAAAUAUAUAGCACGUACGUUUUGGAUAAGGUUUUUCUAUUUAAUUUAUUUUAGAAUUUUAUUUUUUUUGCGUAAAAGCAAUUUAUUAUCUAUUUGUUUUGUAAAUAACACAUUUUUACUCGAUGUACCUCCACUAAUAUGGUGUUAUGUGCGUCUAGAAUGGUCGACCUUUUUUUGAGCCCUUUUUGAAAAACUUUUUCAUACCAUUUUAUUUGUAUUUUGUUUAUUUUUUUGACUUUUUUCUUUUCAUUUUUGCAAUUUCUUAUCUAUUUGUACUUUAAAUAAAAUAUAAAUUUGUCUAUAUAACUGUACUAAUAUGAUGUUAUUUGCGUUUUAAAAAAACUUAACAUGAUUAAAAAAACAAUUUUAAUCAUGUUAAGGUACUAGGUUACUUUAAGUAGUUCUUAAGUCGUUUGUGAAUGUAAAUUUUGCUAAAUACCAAAGCUCAAUGUGUAACUAUUGUAAUAAUAAUUUAUUUACUAGUUAAUGACUUGCCAUGGGGUUUUAAUUCAGUAGACUCCAGCAAUUAUGAAGAAACAUUCGAUCUUUGUUCUUUCUAGUUGGUAACAAGGUAGCUAAAUAUUUUUCUGUAUUGUUGAUGUUUGCCAUAUAUAAUUAUAUUAGAGUUUUUGUUGUUUUAAAAAUUCGUCAAUUUUUAUCAUUUGCCUAAAUACUUAAUUAAAUAUAUUUAGAUUUAAGUAGUGAUAAUGCAUUCCGGUUUCUAAAACACAUAACUAUUCAGUGUGUUUUUAAUUUCAACAGAUGUAUUGUGUAAGAUAUUUAUUACCGGGUAAAGUUCAUGUAGGUAUUAUCAUAAAGCACACUCCUGAGCCUCUUGUCUAGGGGGAAUCGCCCUUCACUAUGCUUACUACUAAAUUUUUUCUUCCCCGACGAUUGUUGAUUUACAAGUUGUUUGGCCGGCUUUACAACAACUAAAUUAUUUGAUAUAAUACCAAAAUGAAUAGCAGUUUCAUCUUCAAGGCUAAUAUCGUAAACGAGUGCGCCAGUAAAUUUGGUAGUAAAGAGGUUUUAAAAAUAGAAACAUAAAUUCAAAAGCUGGCAUGAACCUACUGUGCUGCGUGUACCCCGUACAGGACACGGCGCGUGAUCUCUCUGCUCUCACUGCGUGACAGUGGACGACCUUAUUCCUGAAACCUUUAUCUACCUUCAUCAUAUCUUCUACAUAAACUUGAAAAAACCAGUACAUAUUAUGCAAAUAUCUGUUUUAGAAAAAUCUGUUUAAAAUUAUAUUGAAAGUCAAAGAAAAUAAGUGUAUGUAUACUUAUGUACACACGUAGGAAGUUAUACUUCUUUAGCGGAACAAAACAAAAAAACUUGAGAGACAAUUACCCACUGAAGUUAUCGCUUUGAGGUGUCAGUUCGCGCGCAUCGUAAAAAUUCACUCUCAUCAUUUUUGCCAAACGCCCCAAAAGAAGUAUAACUUCAAAAAGAUCGUUGCCUAGAGUUAUAAUUUAAAAUAAUAUUUGUAUACAUAAUCAUCUAAUAUAACUUUACACAAAACAAGGUGGUUUGGUUUGAAGUAGGUAUGCGCUUAGUGACGUAACGGGUUGGAAAUAAUUUUACUUUGGUUAAGAAUCCGCAAGAUGAAGAAGGAUCACGUGAGGCUCACGUUACCGUCAUCUCAAAUUACCAGCGCAGUUUAACCUAUCAAUAUGUUUGCGGCCAUCACCAAUAUACUGAGUUCACCAAAGCAGUCAAGUUUCUCGGAUGCCUGGACCCCAUAAAUAUUUUUCGGGACUUCGGAGCACUUGCUUCUAUCAAUAACUACUAAAAUCAUACUUUAUACUCAUUAGCAAAAUAUUGCCUUCAUUUGUCCGUGGCCCAAUCUAGACUUUCACACGCAAACUUUAAGCGCACUACACAAUGCGUUUUAACCAAUUUUAACAAUAAAAAAUAUAGUGACUUCACGGCUACUUUCUAAGUUUUGAGUAGUCACCGUGCGCAAUAAGUCAAAUGUGAAUCGAGUUUUUUGGUUGCAUGCUCUGGCAACACUAUUUGUUUUCUGAAGCUUUUCUUCAUUUUGUAAAUUUUCUGCUUUUUUUUUAUAAAACUGAAUUUACAAUCGAGCCUACGGUCCAUAUUGUAAGUGUUUACUGCAGUCCAUGGACACCUGCAGCCAACUUCACACAAGCAAAACUACAACGGCCAAAUAGAAGUGCAAGCACUGGUAUUUGGCGCCAUAAAUAGGUAAGUGCGUGGCACUUACCCAACGGAAUUCCUAGUCAGGAAAGUCCGUAUUAGUCUGUCGUGGCAUCCGACAAGCAUUGCUUUACUCGGUAUCCAUUUUUUAAUUUUUAUUAUUGAUAACCAAGAUAUCCAAAUAAAUGGUAAGCAGGGGUACACGAAGGUUUACGUAGUGGUAACACAUUGUAGCGUAUUAUGACUGCAACAAGAAUGCGUUGGCUUGACCAGGGCAUAGAAUACCAACGUGAAAUAACGCAAAAGGUUGUUGUGUUUCGUAUUGUGAGUGACAAAACUUGAGAGCCUUUUUGCUGAUAACGAGGCGUUUCAUCUAAGCCAUCAGAGGUGAUAACGCAUAUAUAUUUUGAUUCUUCUUGACAAUUAUUACAAAAGUAACGGCCGGCCUUUGCUUUGAGUGAUUACAAAAGUACGAAGUGCGCAUGAUUGAUUGAUGAUUUAGACAAUUUUUAUGUGAAACUGCAAAGUAUCUAAAUUUUUUAAAAUUUGUUUUGAGUACGGUCUGGUUGGUUACAUAAAAGGU